UGUCGUGCACCGCGGAGGAACCGAUUAAGCGCGAACGAGUCGGCGACGUUGCCCCGAGGGGCCACCGCGUGUGCUUAGUCCCUAAGUGGAUGUACACGAAGGCGGACCGACUCGUUGGCGCGCCUGCAGGAGGCCGAUCGUAGGAAAGAGCGGUGAGCGUGCGGUGACAGCGCGCGGCCCGUUGGAAAGAGGUGGUACGAGGUACGCUGGUGCUGGUGGUGACUGGUAAUGCACGAUGGUGCAUUAGCCGGGAGUCGCGGGACCACCGUGCGAUUUCUCUCGAGCGCGCGCGUCUCCGAAGCGACCUGAGCGAAAAACUUUGAACGCCUUCGCGUACGAGGCGUUUCUUCGCGGGCCAUUCCUUGGGACGUUCCUUGUUACAGGCAGCUUGAUGCCCUUCGGCCGAUCGUACACUUGGACGAUAGAAAGGGACUGUGAUUUUUCUCUGAAAGAAGUCGAUUCAAUUCUAUUUCUUCUUUGACGCGAAAUAUGUCAGAGAUCACGACAACGAUCGGCACGCCCGCGGGGCUCACAUCGGAGAAGAAACAAUCGAUCCCCGAAAAGUCUGACAGCGCCGUUACUUGGAAGUCCAUGAGCAUCCGGCAGAAAUGGUCCUUCUUGACCAGCAACAUCACCGUCGAGCCGAUGGUCGCGUGCUAUGUGAUUCCCAGCGUGCUUUCCCAGCUGGCCACCCAGAAUCUAAUCCUCGAGAAGGCCUGCCGAGUGAAUCUGGCUUAUCCAGAUGAAGUGUGCUCGGCUUUGUCCGCCAGGAACACCACCGGUUACGAGGCGGAGGAGCUGGCAGUUCAGCAGAUGGUGGCGCGUAUGCAAACCUGGAAAACGCCGCUGCAGAGCGCCCUGCCGACCAUCCUGAUUCUGUUUAUGGGUGCGUGGAGCGAUCGCACUGGUCUAAGGAAGCCUUGCAUGCUACUUCCGAUCAUCGGCGAGUUCUUCAGUAGUGUUACCCUCAUUGCUUGCACUUACUGGUUCUACGAGUUACCCAUGGAGGUGGUUGUACUGGAGUCAGUGUGGCCUGGAUUAGCUGGCGGUUGGUCUACCAUGUUUAUGGGUAUCUUCAGUUAUAUAGCGGACAUCACAACCGUCGAAUCGAGAACACUUAGGAUUGGCGCGGCCAACGUCUUCCUGUCUUUGGGCGUGCCAAUAGGCAUGGCCCUAUCAGGGAUAUUUUACACAAAGCUGGGUUUCUAUGGUGUCUUUAGUAUCGCGAUGGUGUGUUACAUAAUGAGCUUUGUGUACGGUCUAGUGGUUAUCAAGGAACCGUCGAGGGUGCUCGCGGAACGCGCGCGGAAAAAGUCCCUUCCAAGCGAGGGUAAGCGGACCUCGUUGUGCGCCUUUGUUUUGGACUUCUUCUCGUUGAAGCAUAUCAAGGAGACGUUUCGUGUGGCGUUCAAGAAAGGGGCGAACAAUCGCCAGAAAAGGGUCAUCGUGCUCAUGGUCGUUGUUAUGAUUGUGAUCGGGCCCCUUUACGGCGAAAUGGCGGUUCUCUAUCUUUACAUGCGGUUCCGAUACAACUGGAACGAAGUGACGUUCAGCAUGUUCUCCACGUUUGGCAUGGUAACUAAUCUGAUCGGUACCGCGAUCUCCGUCGGUAUCUUCAGUCACAUUCUCAAGAUAGACGACGCGAUCGUGGGUAUCAUGAGCUGUACGAGUAAAAUUUUAGCAAGUUUCGUUUACGCGUUCGCCACGUCCGCCUGGAUGGUCUACGUAGCCGCUAUCGUGGAGAUCGUGAACGGCACAUCUUUCAUCGCCAUGCGAUCGAUAGCUUCUAAACUCGUGCCCACCGAUGAGCUCGGUAAGGUGAAUUCGUUGUUUGGCGUAUGCGAGUCCCUGAUGCCGCUUGUUUAUGGGCCAAUGUACAGCGCCAUUUACGCGGCGACCAUGAAUACGUUUCCGGGGACGUUCUUCAUCGCCGGAGGAUGCAUGACAGUGCCCGCGGUGUUUGCAUUCUUCUGGUUGUACACGGAACAUCGAAAGGAUCGCAUGCUGAAGGAGCAGAAAGAACCCGAAGCUAUGAUGAAUCAUAAAAACGAGGAUGCGACAGAUUAUAAUUUAAAGGCAUCAACUCCUCGGAUCGUGGACACACAGAAGACAGCACAGAAAACCGAAAUGAUGAACGGCAUAGACAACGCGGCCUUCGAAUCUGAACAGUUGUGAUCUCACGAUUUACGUGAUCCUUUUUUUUUUUUUUUUAAUACAAAGUCGUAU